CUUAUUUUGUAAACCAGCAUCUGCAGUUGCUUGCAUCCACUAAGUAUUAGUGGUGCUUAGUUUAUAACUCAGCCACAUUGUUGAUAAAUAGUUUACACGAUGUUCUGCCCAAACAGUGCCACCAUGUUUUCUGCUGGCGGCUGCAAAACCUGAAUUUUUGGUUUCACUUUUAUGCGGAGAAAAUAUAAAUUGUCCGCUAACGCACGAAUUGUCACCAAUUGCCCCAGUUACAUCUUAUUCCCUACCCUCUUUGUUCCUGAUCGUCACACUGUUCGUGGAAACGGAACCGUGGCGUUUCACUACAGUGCGGGAAACGGAGUGUGUAAAGUUCAAGACAGUGCAGGAAACUGAGCUCAACACAGAUACAUUUCAAAUGAACGCGGGAAACGGAACUCCGAUAAACACGAAAGGAGCGCAGGUAAAGGCUCGAGACAUAAAAGAUGAGUGUGUUGACAAAUAAUUUGGACAAUAACAAUCAAAAAGAUAAUCUAACGGACCGAUUGCUGAUGAAGGUAGCUGAUAGAUUCGGGAACGAAUGGGAGCACAUAGCAAUUGGAGACCUAGGCUUUAAUAAACAUGAUGUUGAUCAGUUUAGUUCUGAUGGAACGACUCAUCAAAAGCGAGUGUUUAAUAUGCUACACGCUUGGAAAUGUCGGGAAAAGCCCGCAAGAAUCAAAACUCUUAUCCAAAUUCUGAACAAAGCUAAUAUUCAUCCUGAUGUAUUGGAACUUCUGAAGAAUGAAAACAACAGUUUUAAUGAAUUGCGUUGCACAUGUUGCCAGAAAUAUGACUGUUCGUGCAAUUGUAAACCUCCAGAAAUCAUUGUCUCAAAUUCUGAACCUGGAGGAUAUAAUCAUACAAUUAAAAUAAGCUUGAUGGAAACGUAUAAAAUAUCUGAAGACAUACCUAACACACUCAAUAAUAUAAUUUGCGAAAAAGAUCCUCAAUUAUUCUUCAAAUUAAGAGAAAUUAUCAAUCGCUUGCAAUUCAAUCUUUUGAAGAUUUCACCAGGAUGCAUAGAACUUAAGCUGCAGCUACGAUCGUACGAGGCACUCCUGAACCUCACCCAGUUGUGUAAGAGAGAAGCAUCUAAGGGGAUAACGCAGCUUGCUCCAUUGCACCAGAAACUACGAGAUGCAUUGAUGGAAGAACUUCCAUGUGAAAAUAUAAUGCCUGCAAUGUUUUCUUUCCAAAACAUUUUUGAAGGCGGAUCCUACAAAAGUGCACUGGAAUUCUUCUGUGCAGGUUUUUCACUUGAUGAUAUGCUUCCAAUCUUAAAAAAACACAAAUUCCAGAAUAUUGAUUAUCUGUGCAUUGAUGUAAAAGGUGCACCACAAACUACCCUAACUGAUCUGAAGAAAGAAUUCAUAAAGAAGCGUGAUAGAAAACUACGUGCCAUCAGGAAGAAGUUGAAAAAUAAAUUGGGCGUGAAUGAUUCUAAAUUUAUCAUUAGGUUAAUUGAUAAUGUUUUAAAUAAAGCUGGGAAAAAUCAAGGAAGGAGCUGCAAGAGAACCAGGGAACAAACAGGGAAGAAGAGAAAGAAAAUCCAGCACGAAACGUUAAGAAAACCAGAAGACUCUUGUAUGUUUGAGAUUCCAGGGAGGACAAUGCAGCAGCCACAAUCUUUUCUUAUAAGUUAUAAGCCUCCUUUGAAGCUAAUGACAUUCUUGAACUACAUCAAACAGAAGGAAAUGUUUGAGAAAGUGUUUGCAGCCCAGCUAAAAUCCAAGGAGAAGAAUGUGAAAACGAAAAAGAAACAAAGAUUCAUCAUAAUUUGUUGCCAAACAUGGAUUCCAGUAGCAAGCAGCUAUCAAUUUAAAAUUAUUCCUAAUUCAUGGAGCAAUGAAAUUUGA